AUGGAGAGAAGGCGAACCCUGAUGGGCAGAAUCCGUCAGUCCCUCUCGUGUGGAGGGGACGAGGAUGGGGAAGAGGACUUCUUGGGCGAAUCCGGUGGGAGCUGUUCGCUGUCUCCAUUGCAGGUACCAUUCGGCGGCGGGAUCGACUAACCGUUGUGUCGAGGCUUUCUUUUUCAUUUUUCCAUCUUCAUAUCCUUGAGUCUGGCCCAUGAAUUUUUUGGUUCCCCUUUUCAACUGUGUUCCUCUCAUCGAAUAGCAUUUAUUUUGAACAGAGGAUGUACGGUUUUGCAGCGUGCUUGGUGUCUGGCUUUGCCUGUAUGUUUCUGGUACGAGUCAUGAACCCUAUUACUCGCGAGGAAUUCUUGCCGGUUCUAAAUUUAAUGUCAGAUCAUUGCUAAGUGGCUGAUAGAUUGUAGCCAAAAUGAAACUCAGAUCUGAUGAGCACGAGAUUUAUUGGCCAGAGGUGGAGCUAAAUUGUUUCCAUGAGCAGGUGCCUUUUGGGAACUGUGAAUGACGUAUUUCGUCUCGUUCUCAGGAUUCACACCCUCUCACCCAUAGAUUCCAGGAUAUCAUUCAUUCCUUCCGCCCCCCCUUCCUCUCCAGUAUUCAAUUCUUUGAUGCGUUGCAAGCAGUUGGUCCUUUCGAUUUUCUCUCCAAAGUGAAUUCUCCUGAUAGCCUACUGAAUCUGAGCGGCAAGCAAACUUCGCAGAUAGCGUUUAAUUACUGGAACCUGGGAGAACCACUCAUUCCGUUUUUUCCUGGGAAUUUUUUGGAAUAAAAGUGCCCUGUGGAAAGUCUACAAGAUUAUCUGUUCAAGAUGUUUUCCAAAGCCUCUGAUAUAUAUUUUCUCUUUUUAUCUUGUAGCAACGAGCCACCAUUUGAACUGAACUAGAGUAUUAGACCAUGAUAAGUGUGGGAUUCCCGUCAUAAGUUCCCUUUUUUCUGGAUGCUGUGUGGUUAACCCUUAAUGCUGAGAACAAGUGAGAGUUUUUGCAUGUAUGGAUGCUAUAUGGAUACUGACCAUGAAUAUCUGGAUGCUUCAUUAGAAUCAUGUAAGGAUGUCUGCUGAUAGGUGUGCAAAGUGGCACUUGCUCGUCUUCCAGUGUACAACAGAUAUCAUAGAGCCAUCCCCUAUCUUCCAAUACCCUUUCCUGUCUCAUCUUCCUUACUAAAUGAGGCUGUAGUUCAUGCAUAGCGUAAAGUAUAUAGUCUUGUUGUUUGAUACCUCUUUUCAUUAUGUCAAUGGUUUAAAACCUAAGAUGCAUCAGGAAUGAAUUUCAUAAUGUUAUCUUAUUUAUGAUGCAAUAAGGAGGAAUGCAUACGGUUUCUUACCCAUCAGAUACUCCAAACGGGGGAUUUAAAUAAAUACAUAGCCUCGGGCACUUUUAAACACUUUCUUCCGCCACAUUAGUCCUCUCCCUUCUUCUUCAGCUAGCUGCUCGGAAAGUCCCUACUCUCAAGCCACAGCCCCAAUCAAAACCGUGUAGUAUUGUUGAAGACCAUUAGUUUGCCUUUAGUGGCGAAAUUUGUAACAUAAGAUAUCGUACGAGGGGAUCAAAGUCUUUUGAUGUUUUCCACAAUAAGAGGGUCAGUUGGCUUGUCCCGUGGUCAUGAAUUCAUGAACAGCUUUGACAUGACUGUGAGGGUUCGUGAUCUGCCUCUACCUGGAUCCUAAUCCUUUUAAAACACUUCUAUUUUCGUAGCCAAGUUUCACUUAAUGAGGUGUAUUUUCUCUCGUCAUAUCAUCCACUACCCUUUACUUUUGUUUCUUAUGCAGUCGUUGAUUGUCUUCUUCAAGCCCAUCAAAUUUGCUAUACUAUUCACCUUUGGGAACCUUUUUGCUGUUGGAAGGUUGGUAAUGUGGCUGCUUUACAUGCCGACGCAUUUUCCCAGUCUAAAUAGACAGCCUUUCAUUGGAUUUCUUUCCACAAGAAAAGAAAUAUUGAUGAAGCCGUGUAAAUUUUUCAGCAAAACUGAUCUGUUAUAUUUUCAGUUCUUUUUUUUCCUUCUGUGGAGACGAUUUUUCAACAUCUUACGAUCUACGAGCAAGUGUUGUCCUGAAAUUAUCUCGAUAACAUGAUGAUUUAAUGAUAUUUAUUUGCUGCUUUUUUCUUUUAGAAUCCGACAUUAUGAUCAUUCUAUUAUCUAUUCAGUUUUCUUCAAGAAAACUUGCUGCAUGCCGACAACCACUGACACUGCUGCCAUUUGCCUCUGGCUGGUAUCAUUUCUUAGAAGAAUGUUUUGGAGAAUGAACUUUAAUCAACACAUUGUUUUUAUCAUAAAUUAUAAUUUAUGCAGUUGAAUUCAUAAUCUUUUUGGUUUUUCUGAACCCCCUUGAUGCUCCCCCCUUUGGAUUAGCCAGCUGCUAACCAACCCAACCCCAGUGUACCCUGAAUCGGACGGAAGCAUAUCAGAUGCUUCUCCUGAUUCUUUUUUGCACUAAGGUGCUCAGGCAAUACUAACAUGUUCAAGGUCGCUGAAGAAGCAGAUUUAUUUGGUCUCCCCGUUCAUUGAAAAAACUUAUGUUUGAUCGAAUGCUGAUGUACAAGCACUCUCUUUCUCCGUUUUCUGCAACCUCUGCUUUCACUGACUGAUUUCUGCUCUAACCUUUCGAUCCAUCUGGCAGCACAGCCUUCCUCAUCGGACCAAGUGAGCAGCUGAGGUUGAUGAUUGAUCCUGUUCGCAUCUAUGCCACAUCUAUCUGUAUUGGCAGCGUCUUGCUUGCUCUUAUCAGUGCUCUUCUGGUAGGUCUCAUAGGGUAUGCUUUUAUAGCCGUUCACUUGGUCUCAUGAGUAUGUUUGUGUUCGGAGGUUGAGCUGUGGAAGCCAUGGAUAAUCUCUGUGCCAUCAUAUUAAUCGCUCCAUAUUUUUGCCUGCUUCCAUGCUGUGUAGAUUCAUAGCAAGAUUCUGACAUUGAUUGCGAUCAUAAGCGAGAUUUGCGCCCUCACUUGGUACGCCAUUCAUUUGAAUUCUGAAAAAUAUUUAGCACUCUUUGGAAAAGAAUGAUCGCAUGCAUACUUUCAUUAGAAUUCCUUAAGAGGGUACACCUCUUCCUGAAGAUUGAACAAGAAAAAUCUGAACUUGUGAUUACAGUUCAAUUUCGGGUAAUUGUUUUUAAUUUGGUUCGAAGCUCAAUCUGUACCCAUAUGUUAUUCAGAAGACUCUCUCUCUCUCUCUCUCUCUCUCUCUUGAGGAUCUUUGUGUACUCAGUGUAACGGUGGUUCUGUUUCAGGUACAGUCUGAGCUAUGUACCCUUUGCUCGUAGGAUGGUUUCAGAGCUGAUCAUCUGCUGCUGCGACACAGAAAUUUAG